AUGUGGCGGACAGUAAAUGCUCUGAGGGGAAAGCGACAGCACCACACGGCUGUAAUCAAACGAUCUGAUGGUUAUACAGACAAAGCGGAAGAAGUAGCAGAAGAACUAGCUAAGCACUAUAGUGAGAGAUCGGCGACGUCUAGCUACACUUCAUCGUUUCAAAAGAUGAAGGAGAAAGCCGAACGAGCUCGCGUGGAUAUUCUACCAGAUACUGACGAGGUUUAUAACUCGGAUAUCACUUUGAACGAGCUCCUUUGGGCUCUCGAUAAAGGACGCAGCGUUUCUACGGGUCCAGAUUCCGUAGGGUAUCCUAUGCUACGACAACUACCCCUAUCCGUUAAGACUGCGCUACUGGGACUGCUUAAUAGAGUAUGGCGCAAUGGUUGCUUCCCAGCUAGUUGGCGAACCGGGAUAGUAGUGCCAAUCCCGAAACCAAAUACAUCGGAGUCCGGUUGUGCUGCAUUCCGCCCCAUCACGCUAGUCAACUGCAUAGCGAAAGUGUUCGAGCGUAUCGUGAACAGGAGACUAACCACUGAGUUAGAAGCAAAAGGACGCCUUGACAAAAGACAACAUGCUUUCAGAGCUAGCCGCGGCAUCGACACGUACUUGGCAGAGUUGGAUAGGUCGUUACCCAACAACGACGAACACUGCAUGAUAGCAUCGCUCGAUCUUUCGAAAGCCUACGACACCACCUGGAGAUUUGGUAUAUUGCGUAGCCUCCUGAAAUGGAAGAUCGGUGGGCGGAUGUACAAAAUACUAAACAGCUUUCUUGCCGACAGAAAAUUCCGAGUUAACGUGAGAGGACAUCUGUCUCGGGAAAUGCCACUGGAGAACGGCGUCCCCCAAGGACGAUAUCCUACUCGUAGUACGAAGGAACAAAAUGCAAUCCUUAUACCGUACUCUGCAAGUCGUGGUGAAAGCAGUGGACAAGUGGGCGAACGUGUUGGAUUCCGAAUUUCAGCAGCAAAAUCUAGCAUCUUCUACGGUAGCCCUAAUGCCCGCCGGGAGCCCAGUAAGAAUAUUUGCAUUGACCGGGUAGCAAUACCGAAAACGAGACAGUUGAAAAUAGUCGUUGUCACCCUCGAUCGGAGACUGACGUUCAAACAACACUGCAAGCUGGUUAAAUCUACCUGUGAUUCAAGGGAUCUGUUUUCGCAAGGAAAAGCAAUCUUUGUAUGCUGCGGAUGUAAAGACAAAUUGAACGAUCGAAGUGUUUCCUCCUACAUCAAGGAUGCACUUGAAUUACAGCAGACUCAACCGUCGAACUUGGCUAAUCUUUCUGCUCAAGUUCGCCAGCUUUUCAAUUUGAUAGAAACGCUGAGCAGGCAGGUUGAAAACAUCGUAUCUGAGCGCCCUGUUGGUGGGACACCAGUUGUUUCUGACUGGCCUAAAUUAGGUGUCAAACGGCGCCGUGGUAAUAAUGGUCAACCGAUGCAAGCUUCUGCCGUACGUGGAACGAAGUCUAUUGACUUUAGUGAUUUGUCAGUUCCGUUCGUUGUCACUCCACCACCCCCACCGAAAUUUUGGCUGUACUUAUCGGGAUUUCAACCACUGGUAACAGUCGGUGACGUACAAAAAAUUGUUGCUCGCUGCCUGGAUUUAACCGAUGCGGUUGACGUGGUUCGUCUAGUUUCCAAAGAGGCGGAUGUUUCUAAAAUGUCAUUCAUUUCGUUUAAAAUCGGACUGGAUCCUGCUUUGAAGGAACAAUCCCUCGAUGCUUCAACAUGGCCAAGCGGACUUCUAUUCAGGGAAUUUGUGGAACACCAACGUAGCAGAGACGAAUCAAACAUCUUCAGUGCAGCUGCGGAUCCGCGACAACCAAUAACAAGCAAUGCGGAAGCCCCCGCGCCUCUCGACCGAAAUGUGCUUUCCGUUAAUACCCCUCUUCGAAAUUGUUCCGGUCCUGAGGUCGGAGAUGGAAGCGGGGGCUUCCAGCCUGCUAUCCCAGGCGAGUAUAAUCAUAUUUUUGAACCUGCUGUUCCUGACUAUUUCUCGCAUUCCAGUCGUGCUGCUUCUAACAACCUCCGCAUAUAUUAUCAGAAUGUGCGCGGAUUAAGGAGCAAGAUCGACACAUUCUUUUUGGCUGUUUCGGAAGCUGAGUACGACAUAAUCGUUCUAACGGAAACGUGGCUGAAUGAGCAAAUCUAUUCUGCACAACUUUUUGGACAUCAGUACGCCGUAUUCAGAACUGAUCGGUCCCACUUGAACAGCCGUAAGACUCGCGGCGGAGGAGUUUUGGUGGCAGUAUCACUGAAAUUAAAUUCCUACAUUGAUCCCGCAACCAUUUCUAAUACCCUUGAACAGCUGUGGGUUAUCGUUGAUUUACCGCAAAAUACACUCAGCAUCGGCGUUAUAUAUCUGCCACCAGACCGAAGAUUCGACGCGGUGAGUAUUAAUGAUCACUUAGAAUCGUUGGGGUCAGUGUCAUCCCGAUUUGGCAUCCAUACUCCUGCCAUUCUAUUUGGCGACUAUAACCAGUCAAACCUGCAAUGGCGUUUUCCUGAGAGAGACUUACCGUUCAUUGACCCACUGCUCUCGCAUAUGCCGGCCGGCAGCUGCGCUCUUAUCGACGGGUUCAACCUACAAGCAUUCACCCAGAUUAACACCAUAUUUAAUCGGAACGAACGCCUUUUGGAUUUUGUUCUUGCAAAUGAUACUGCUUUACCAGUCACUACCGUGUCCUCGCCCAUCGAACCUUUAAUUGAUCUCGAUGCUGAUCACCCUGCUCUUACUGUUACAUUUAGUAUGCCCACUCAAAUUGUUUAUGAAGAGGCUACUGUUACUAAUUUUUUGGACUUUCGCCGAGCCGAUUACGCCACAUUGAAUGCUAUGUUAUCUAUCAUCAAUUGGCACUUCAUUGAAUCGUCUACCUGCAUUGAUGAGGCAGUAGAACAUUUCAGCGCCAUUGUGGAGAAUGCUGUCUUAAGUGUUGUUCCAGCUAAACCACCCCCGCAAAAACCACCGUGGUCGAAUCGACGAUUACGUGCGCUCAAGCGAGCACGAUCGGCUGCCCUUCGGAAAUAUUGCAGUUCUCGUUCACCCUAUUUUAAACAACAGUUGAACAUCACAAGCAACCGGUAUCGUCACUACAACCACUACCUCUACAAUCGACAUGUGAAGCGUACAGAAGACAACCUUCGUCGCAACCCCAAACUGUUUUGGUCGUUCGUCAACUCAAAGCGAAAGGAAACUGGCCUGCCUCGCUCCAUGUUUUUGGAAAAUGCAACUGCCUGCAACGAAAGCGAAAAGUGCAAUUUGUUCGCAGAACAUUUUAAGCAGGUAUUCCACGAUAGUUCCGCCACCUCGAUGCAGAUUGAAGAAGCUAUUCGGGAAAUGCCACGUGACGUGUUUGACUACAGUAUUCCGCAUAUAACUGAAAGCAUGGUAUCGACUGCCAUGCAAAAAUUGAAGUUAUCCUUUGCUGCUGGCCCUGAUGGUAUACCGUCAUCCGUGCUAAAGCGAUGUGCACUCACUCUCUGUAAUCCGCUGGCUAUGCUGUUUAAUCUCUCGGUUCAGCAAUGUGAGUUCCCUGCACGCUGGAAAUUUUCCCACUUAUUUCCAGUUCUAAAAAAAGGUGACAAACGCAAUGUUUCUAAUUAUCGUGGAAUUACUUCUUUGUGUGCCUGCUCAAAGUUAUUCGAAAUAAUCGUGAACGACACUCUGUUCGCCAGCUGUAAAAGUUAUAUUGAUAGUGAACAACAUGGCUUUUACCCAAAGCGCUCCGUAUCCACUAACCUUAUGCAGUUUACCUCGAACUGUUUGCGGAACAUGGAUGCUGGGUGGCAAAUAGAUACGGCGUAUAUGGAUCUUAAAGCAGCAUUCGAUCGAGUGGAUCAUGGAAUACUCCUAGGAAAAUUGCAGCGACUCGGCAUCUCAGCGUUUAGUGUUGCUUGGUUCAGAUCAUAUCUGACAAACCGUUCUGUACAGGUCCGAAUCGGCUCGACAACUUCUGAAUCGUUCACAAACCGGUCGGGAGUUCCACAAGGCAGCAACCUCGGUCCGCUACUGUUUUCAAUUUUUAUAAACGAUGUCGCAUCGCUACUACCAUCGGACUGUCGUCUGUUUUAUGCAGACGAUACGAAAAUCUUUAAAAUAAUUAAAUGCCUUCUCGACUGCCUGGGGUUACAAAGAAUGUUGCAUCUGUUUGAGGAAUGGUGCACAAAAAACUUUAUGGGCUUAAGUAUUGCAAAAUGCAGCAUAAUUUCCUUCCAUCGGAAAACUCUGCCCAUUAUUUAUGAUUACCAAAUCUGUGGCUGCUCUCUUACUAGGACAGAAUGUGUUAAGGAUCUUGGCGUUUCUUUAGAUCGUGAAAUGACCUUCAGACUCCUUUAUGACGAUAUCCUGUCAAAAGCCAACCGACAAUUGGGUUUCAUCUUUAAAAUUGCUAGGGAGUUUCGUGAUCCAUUUUGUUUAAAAUCAUUGUACUGCUCGCUUGUACGCUCAUUGCUGGAAUCCAAUGCCGUAAUAUGGAGCCCUUACCAUGCAAACUGGAUCGCCAGGAUUGAAGGUGUUCAACGAAAAUUCGUAAAGUACGCUUUGCGGUUUCUGCCGUGGCGUGACCCAAUUAACUUGCCGCCAUACGAGGAACGCUGCCGUCUGUUAGACAUCGAGUCGCUGGAGGUACGAAGGAUCACCUCACAGGGAUUAUUCGCUGCAAAGCUACUCACAGGCGAUAUUGACAGCUCUGCUCUGCUUACUCGGCUUAAUUUGUACGCUCCUGAGAGACAACUUCGUCGUCGUAACUUCUUGUUCCUGGAGUCACGAAAUACACAGUACGGACAGCACGACCCACUUCGAUUCGUUUGCUCGAGAUUCAACGAACUUGCUGAUUUCUUUGAUUUUAAUGUGUCGACUAAUGUGUUUCGUCAACGAGUACUUGAUAAUUUUCGUGUUGUUCGUAAUGUUUAAAUUUUUUAUUAGUUUUAACCUUUAGUUUUAAGUUUUCAUUAAGACAAUCUAUGUCAGAUGAAAUUAUACCAAACAAAUAAACAAAUAAACAAAUGUGUGUACGUAUGUGUGUAUGUGUGUGUAUGUGUGUGUAUGUGUGUGUGUAUGUAUGUGCGUAUGUGUCAAAUUAUAUCACUCAUUUUUCUCAGAGAUGGCUGGACCGAUUUGCCCAAACUUAGUCUCAAAUGAAAGGUGCAACCUUCCCAUCGGCUGCUAUUGAAUUUUGGAUCGAUCGGAAUUCUGGUUCCGGAAUUACGGGUUUGAGAGUGCGGCCACACAGAAAUUUCUCAUAUAAACUAUAGGAAAAAUUAAAAAUAGAUUUUUUUUUAUGCUAAAUGUGUUCAAGGUGCAUUAAACGUCGAGAUUUGAUGCAAACUCGAAAAAAAAAUUUACGACAAUUCACUUUUUUGGAUUUUGGCACAUUUUUGCCUUUCUCAUAUAGAAAGGUUAUGCAAUCACUCUGAAAAACGUCAACCUAAUCCCGGCCCGGAGCACAGUGGUCCCAAAGAGCAAAAAAGAGGGUUUUUUAGAUUGCGUCAAAAUGGUUGACUUUAGCAAUAUGGUGUCUUUGAGAAAGUUUCUUGGAGUAGAACUCCCCUUCUUUCUGUCUUAUCAGAUUAAUGAUUAAUCCCCCUAAUAGUGAGUUACGGAAUUUAUUUUCUCCAAUAAUUCAGAUAGACAAAUACUUACUUCAGCAAAGUUGUAGAGAAACUCGUUGCAAACAUUUUACCCGAAGACUUCAACUCUCUAUCUUUUAAGGUUUUUGAGAUAUGGGACAUUAUUUGUAAAAGGCCCUUUAAAAACAGUUUUUUCAUCAUAAGUUUUCUUCUAGAUUUUUUCCAUUAUAUAAAUGUUCUAGAACAUUGUUUGGACUAUUAAACUGCAUUACUUUGCCUAAGACGGAAACUUGCUAUCGCUAGUAUGUGUGGAGAUAUUCACGUUUUUUGAUUGAAAAUAGCUCUUUUUCCAAUGCCGAUAACUUUUAAACGGGCAAACCACUUUGUAAACAAAUUAAAGUGCAAGAAAAGCACAACAAAUGCAGGAAAAAUCAGAUCUCCCCAAGGCGGCCCUCUAUGGAAAUUCUAGAGCCUAAGUUUGUCCAUACUAGAGCUGUUCCGGCAUUAAAUACAUCACCAUAUAUUACUGUUAGUUUUUUUAUUUCGAUUAUAGAGGUUUUAACCUUAAGGUCAUUCGCCUCUUCGGGUUAGAAAAAUCUCUUAUGAAAAAUUUCUAACCCUAUGUGCGGGGUCGGGACUCGAACCCAGGUGCGCUGCGUACAAGGCAAUCCAUUUACCAACAACGCUACACCCAUCCCCUACUGUUAGUUCGGAAAUAAAGGGUUAAAGUCGUAAUAAUUAUCCUUUCUUACUUUUGUAAGUACGUCUUGAGUAAAUACCCAAGCAACCAAAAGUUGAUAUAAAGGAACUACAUAAGCUUCUCGUUUUAAGUAAUUUUGCAAUACGUUUUAUGUUCUAAUAGCGGGUUAAGCAGUUCUCUUAAAGCUUGAGCAGCUUGAAAGUUCCCUAAGAACUUUUUGUGAAUUUUAAAGUGUGCUUUUUAAGUAUUAUCCGAACUUCUGUUUGCUUGUGUCAAAAGUUACAGUUGUUCAAAAACUCAAUGCAUACGCCUGACACCGGAAACUGACAAUUCCCUUGCGCCUACUUCAUAACAAUGGCGCAAGUGCAACCAAACGGCGAGUAAUCAAUUGCAUUUGAUGACGGAAUGAGCCAAACUUCAACUCAAGUAUUUCCAUAGAGGGCCGCCUUGGGGAGAUCUGAUUUUUCCAGCAUUUGUUGUGCUUUUCUUGCACUUUAAUUUGUUUACAAAGUGGUUUGCCCGUUUAAAAGUUAUCGGCAUUGGAAAAAGAGCUAUUUUCAAUAAAAAAAACCUGUUUUAAUCCACCUAGAGGUGCAAUUGUGCCUUUCUCAUUUCUCCAAACUAUGAUUUAAUAGCUGGUUCGUACAAUAUAACUUUAUGGAAAUGUCUUUCAUUCUUAUUACACUUGGUAAGUAUAUAUAAGAGCACCUUUUUGCAUUCAUCGCGGUAUCGGUUUGAAUCGGAGUUUUCUAUGUGAUCGACCUCCACAACCCGUAACUCCGGUGCUGGAAGUCGGAUGGAGAUGGAAUUUAAUAUCAGUUUCUGGGGACGCAACACCUUUCAUUUGAGACUAAGUUGAGCAAAUCUAGCCAUUUUCGAGAAACCAAUAUAACCGUUAUUCUGACUUUGGAUGCUUCCGGAUCCGUCGAUGGUGGCCAGUGUGGCCAAAGAGACUUUGAAUGACUGUUGGGGACCUAGAUCUACAAAUUCAACAGUUGUGUUUACAUUUUGGAAAAAAAAUCACCUUUUUACAUUCAUCGCAGAAUUCGUUAGAAUCGGGAUUUGCUGCGUGAUCGUACGUAUCACCCUGUAAUUCAGGAAUCAGAACUCGGAUCCACACAAAAUUCAACAGCAGCUGAUGGACCUUUCAUUUAAAAUUAAGUUUGUCAAAAUCGGUUCAGAAAAUUCCGAGAAACUGAUUUGGAAAAAUCAACAAAUUUUGUUUUGUAACCAUACUCUUCAACUCGUAAUUCGGAACAAGAUGUCGGUUGAAAAUGAAAUUCAAUAGCAACCUAUGGGAAUAUUAUACCUUUCAUUUGAAUCUUAGUUUGUAAAAAUCGGUUCAGCCAUCUCCGAGUAACCGAUGUGGACAUUUUGUUAACAAAUCCGCACAUACACACACAUACAUACACACAUACACAUACACACAUCCAUACAUACACACAUACAUACACACAGAUAUUUUGCGAUCUCGGCGAACUGAGUCGAAUGUUAUAUGAGACUCGGCCCUCCGGGCCUCGGUUAGAAAGUCGGUUUUUGGAGCAAUUGCAUAACCUUUCUAUAUAAGAAAGGCAAAAGAAUAAUAUUUAAUUAGCUUAAUAAGCAUGAGUUCAAUGUUAUCUUCAUGUGAUUAUAAUUUGCAAAGGUUGGUGGAAUGCGUUUGAACGUGUAGGGAAUGGGGGUUUAGUAGAGUGGGUGUGGAGGAUGCGUCAGAAAUCCUUCAUCUUAUUUCGGUAUACGGGGUGGAUGAAGGAAAUCUGGGCGUGAGGGUGAUCCAAGAAGAGGGGAGUGAUGAA